ACAGCCGUCGUCCCGUCACGGUGGGCGUCCUCAUAUGAAAAAUCAUAACACUGAAGAGCUGUUGUUGUUUUCUAAAAAAAAAACUACCCCAAAAGUUUUCAAGCAUUCAAAGAUUUAUUAUUCAGAGAAUAAUGAAUUCUGAAAUGAGCAGUAGCAUGCACUCUGGCAGACCAGAAAGUGAAUUUAGCAUUGAGUGUUUCCAAAACUACACCGCACCCGAGGUGUUCGUACAGGGAUUGGCUGGAUUGGUCAAUCAAACGGAUGUCGAAGUGAUGAUUCGUGCCCAGAAGCAAAUGUUACAGCGAUUCGAGAAAACCAACGAGAUGUUGCUCAACUGCAAUGCACUGAGUCAAAGUCGACUGAAGAUUGCGAGCGACGAUUUCAAAAAGCACACCAAGCUGCUCAACGAGAUGAAAAAGGAUUUGGAUUAUAUUUUUAAGAAAGUAAGGAAUAUUAAAUCGAAGUUGAGCACCCAAUAUCCGCAACCAUUUGCCGAGGCAGCAGCCAAGAAUAAACCUGUAAGUUUUGAUGAAGAAGAUGAAAUUGACACCGCAAGGCGUGCAGAAACGCUGGACGAAGGUAACCCAUCGCGGACGGCUACUCCAGUGAAACAGCAGGCUUCGGCCGGGGGAGUGAAGCAGCAGCUUCCCAAACAGAUGAUGGAAAAGGAGAAGAAAAAACUUAUUGGUGGCGCCGGCCAGAUGGAUCCGGAAACGACUACCGUUAGUUACAUGAAGAUGGAACAGAGUCCAGAAAACCGAAAGUCCGGCAAGGCCAGCCCCAUUGAUCCGAAACGAAGCUCUUUGUUGUCAACACAAAGCAGUUCAACGGACAAUUCCAAUGAUUCAUCGGAAUGCACCUCUGACACUGGUUAGAUGGGGUAGAAUGAAAUUUAAAUUACAAUUGUACUGUUAAUAUAGAUUAUAAUGUGCCAUAUGGUUAUUCAGACUACGAACUAUAUCAAGUGACAUAAUUGUCAAAGAUCAAACACCAAAUUUUACUGGAAAUGAUGCACGUUACGUAUAUGACGUUUCAUAUGAAAAUACUCAACAUCAAGUGAUAAUAGCUCGUAGUCUGAGUAUAUAAUGAAGUUAAUAAUAUAAUAAAAAAUUUACAUUCAAUGGUGAAGAAGUACUAAAACACCAGUAGAUCGUAAUUAUCGUACUAUGAGUUAUGUGUGAAUGUUCCGAUUGCAUAAACAAAUGUUUGUCGAAUAAUCUCGUAUAAACUAUUAUAUAAAAACACAUGUAUGCAUGCAUGUAAAACCUUGAAA